AUGGAUUUGGACUUGCAAGGGGUUCCUCUAAUUCCCCUUAGGAAUAACGGGGUUCCAAUUUUGAGUCAAAGAGGGCAUGAAAGCGCCGGUCAUGCUUUUCAGAUGGCCUUAUACAAUGGUUUAAAAACUAAAAUCAGGAAGAGGCAAGGGGCUGCAAGCGGGAAGGGAUGGUGGGCAGUACCGACUCCGGUUAGGCAUCUUGCUGCUUUUGAUAGGUCAGAUUGUACAAAGUUGUCCUUUGGCCACAUACAUACUUGGGCCUAUCUGUUUUUUGCCCAGCUUCAUGCUGCGGCUAUUUGCUUCGGGUUGGAGUGGACCCAGUGUCUGAACAAAACUUGGGGGGCAUUUGCUUGUGCUGGUAGCUGCCCAUAUUGGCUGGACAGUGGGAAAACUGCUCCACUUCAUGCUGCGGCUAUUUGCUUCGGGUUGGAGUGGACCCAGUGUCUGAACAAGACUUGGGGGGCAUUCGCUUGUGCUGGUAGCUGCCCGUACUGGCUGGACAGUGGAAAAACUGCUCCAGGGAUUCCCCCUGGACUACCUCAUCAUCAUUCCACGGAUCAUGGUCCCAAGGAGUGUUUUGGGAAUGGACCGUUCCAUAUCAACCCGGCAGUUAUUGGAUCGGGAGGUGAUCCUUUCAGGCAGAUGGACGAGAUCUUAAGUCAGAAGAUGUUCCUGGAGGUCUUCUCUGCAGAUUUCUUGUGCUCGGACCCCAAGAGAGCUGUGUCUGGACGUUUCGUCAUGGGAUCAUCAGUUCGCGUCAGAAAUUCCUCUCAAAGAAAAUUCAUAAUAGCAAAGGUAGGGGACAAGGCCUGGGUUGUGGGAGAGGGAGGUCUAGAGUUUGCGCUUCAUGCUGCGGCUAUUUGCUUUGGGUUGGAGUGGACCCAGUGUCUGAACAAAACUUGGGGGGCAUUUGCUUGUGCUGGUAGCUGCCCAUAUUGGCUGGACAGUGGGAAAACUGCUCCAGGGAUUCCCUCAGGACUACCUCAUCAUCAUUCUAUGGAUCAUGGUCCCAAGGAGUGUUUUGGGAAUGGACCUUUCCAUAUCAACCUGGCAGUUAUUGGAUCGGGAGGUGAUCCUUUCAGGCAGAUGGACGAGAUCUUAAGUCAGAAGAUGUUCCUGGAGGUCUUCUCUGCGGACUUCUUGUGCUUGGACCCCAAGAGAGCUGUGUCUGGACGUUUCGUCGUGGGAUCAUCCGUUCAAAUUGGAAACUCCUCUCAAAGAAAAUUCAUAAUAUCAAAAGUAGGGGACAAGGCCUGGGUUGUGGGAGAGGGAGGUCUAGAGUUUGCGGAUAUGACAUCUCUUUCUCGUUAUGUUUAA